UUUCUCUCUCCAACACUGACCGCUGCCUCUCCGAAUAGUUUUUCUUGCGUUUUUUUUUUGCGGCAAAUCUCACAUUGAAACAAUACGGUCGUUUAUGGUCUCAUUCCUGACACUUUUUACUCGUCGCUGCUGUCCUCUCAGGGCUAGCUGGCGGUGACAGAGAGGAGCCAGCUGGUCGGAACAGAGAGGCACAGGAGGAGAGUUAGCAGACGAGCUAAUUAGCCCCAGAGACUCAGCCUGGAUUACUGCCUGUAAUCAAACAGCAAGUCUGCGGGUUUACUCACACUGCGGCAACAUGAAGAUAACUGUGGAAUUCGAGGAAUGCUUGAAGGACUCCCCAAGAUUCAGAGCCACCAUAGAGGAAGUGGAGGGGGAUGUGUGCGAGUUGGAAUCCAAGCUCGACAAAUUGGUGAAGUUGUGUAUUGGGAUGAUUGAUGCAGGAAAAGCCUACAACGCAGCCAACAAGCAGUUUGUUAGUGGGAUCCGGGAGCUAGCCCAGCAGUCCACCAAAGAUGAGGUCAUUGAGUCCAGUCUCACAAAGUUUGCAGAGAGCCUGCAGGAGAUGAUCAACUAUCACACGAUAUUAUUCGAUCAGGCCCAGAGAUCAAUCAAGAUUCAACUUCAAACAUUUGUCAAAGAUGACCUGCGGAAGUUCAAAGAAGCCAAGAAACAAUUUGAUAAAGUGAGCGAGGAAAAGGAGGCUGCGCUGAUCAAGAAUGCCCAGGCUCCCCGCAACAAGCAGCAUGAAGUGGAGGAGGCCACCAACAUCCUCACUGCCACACGCAAAUGUUUCAGACACAUCGUCCUCGACUACGUUUUACAGAUAAAUGUUUUACAAUCCAAGAGAAGAUCGGAAAUCCUGAAAUCUAUGCUGUCCUUCAUGUACGCCCACCUGACAUUCUUCCACCAAGGUUAUGACCUCUUCAGCGAACUGCAGCCUCUCAUGAAGCAGCUUGGGGGACAGUUGGACCAGCUGGUGGUGGAUGCUGCCAAAGAGAAGAGGGACAUGGAGCAGAAACACUCCACCAUCCAGCAAAAGGACUUUUCGAAUGACGACACCAAGCUGGAGUACAAUGUGGAUGCAGACAAUGGCAUCGCCAUGGAGGGUUAUCUGUUUAAGAGGGCCAGCAAUGCCUUUAAGACAUGGAAUAGGCGUUGGUUCUCCAUCCAAAACAAUCAGCUAGUUUACCAGAAGAAAUUUAAGGACAACCCUACAGUGGUGGUAGAAGACCUGAGGCUAUGUACAGUCAAACAUUGUGAGGAUAUAGAGCGUCGCUUCUGUUUCGAGGUGGUGUCACCUACUAAGAGCUGUAUGAUGCAAGCGGACUCAGAGAAGCUGCGACAGGCCUGGAUCAAAGCGGUCCAGAACAGCAUCGCCACCGCCUUCCGUGACAAGGGAGAUGAGGGCGAGAAGCUGGACCGGAAAUCUUCCACAUCAACAGGCAGUUUGGACUCUGGUGGGGAGCCGAAGGAGAAAUCGCUGAAAGGAGAGAGCGCCCUGCAGAAAGUCCUGGCUAUCCCGGGCAACACCUGCUGCUGUGACUGUGGCCAACCAGACCCCCGCUGGGCCAGCAUCAAUCUGGGCAUCACCCUCUGUAUACAGUGCUCUGGUAUUCACAGGAGUCUGGGAGUGCAUUUCUCAAAGGUCCGGUCUUUGACUUUGGAUACAUGGGAACCAGAACUACUUAAGUUGAUGUGCGAACUGGGGAACAAAGAAAUUAACCAGAUUUACGAGGCUCGACGAGAGGAGCUGGGAGCCAGAAAACCACAGCCAGGAGACCCGAGACAUGAGGUCGAGGCCUAUAUUAAAGCUAAGUACGUUGAUCGCCGAUUUGUAAGGCGGCCGUCAGAUGAAGAGCUUCGCACCAAAGUGGUUUCUCUCAGCAAGCAGGAGAAGAGGCUGAGCAGCAGCUCUGAGCAUCUUCCCCCAAGAGCGCCUCCACCUACCCCCAAACUUCGACCUGGUUCAAACGUCUCUGCUGUUGCCAGUGGCUUGGAGGCCCGCCGUGACUCUCUCUUCUGUCCUGACGAGCUUGACUCGCUCUUCUCCUACUUUGACAACUCCUCCAAGCUCAGGAGCAUAAAAAGUGCAGACAGCGGUAUCCAGAACAGCGCUGAUGGGAGCAGGGAGAUGCUGGCCACCACCCCCUCCAAUAACUGCCUGACAGAUGCAGAUGCUGCUGAGACUCCACCCAUGCCCAUGCCUGCCACACUGCCUCCUCCGUCACCCUGUAAGGAGAUGGUCUUCUACGAGCCCAAGGAGUACAGCCCGGGUCUGCAGCUUUAUUGGGCCUCAUGUGCCCGCAGCCUGCCGGACAUGGCUGAGGCACUGGCCCACGGAGCUGAAGUCAACUGGGUCAACACAGAUGACGACAAGAGGACGCCACUUAUCAUGGCGGUGCAAGGGGGUUCGCUGGUCACCUGUGAGUUUCUGCUACAAAAUGCAGCUAAUGUAAACCAGCAGGACGCUCAGGGUCGAGGACCCCUGCACCAUGCCACCAUGCUGGGACACACAGGGCAAGUGUGUUUAUUUUUGAAAAGAGGAGCAAAUCAAAAUGCUGCGGACAUUGAUGAGAAAACACCCCUUGCCAUAGCAGUGGAGGCAGCCAAUGCAGAUAUUGUCACAUUGUUGCGACUGGCCAAGAUGAACGAGGAGAUGCGAGAGGCGGAGGGGCCCUACAGCCAGUCAGGAGAUGAAACCUACCAGGACAUCUUCCAGGACUUCACCCACAUGGCCUCCAACGACCCGGACAAGUUGAACCGCUACCAGCAGUACGACCCGCAGAGACCCUGACACAGCAGAAAUGCCGUCCACUAGCACACAGAGAGACUCAACCUUAGAGAGAGACAGAUAAAUGUCUGCUUCCUCCUGGAAAGAUUUCCACUUCAAAAACAACAGUCAGAAAUCUGCAUUAAAGCUGGUUAGUGCUGCCACAGCUGGACAGCUGUCACCAUAUCUAACACGUCCAAAGCUCCCUUUCAUCAAAAUGUAUCAAACUGACCCGCAGCUGUGAUUACAGCCUCGGUUGAAAAUACAAGCACUUUCCUCGAGUGAAGGGGAACGUCUGUGAACAGAUAGCCUCACUUUUUAAACAUUUUAAAGAACUGCGCUUCUCAGUAGGACCUGUUAGAAUAAGUGAAUGGUACAGUGUUAGAGCCUUUAAAAGGAUUUGCAAAGAUCAAAUGAAAAUUAAACUCGGUCUGAAUGUAGAGCCGCCAUCAAGGCUGCCAGUUAUUUUGAGCGAGCUUAAUCUUUUAUGUCACACUUCCUGACAGAAUAAAAUCUUUUUAAAAAAAUGUUUUAAAAAGAGUGCUGCAACAGAGUUGUAAAGAGAGGUUAGUGCAUGGCAGACCAUUUCAACAUUUUAAAGCUGCCUCUUCAAUAGGAUUCUCUUUAUGAACAUAGGCAAAUGCUACAGGACCUUUUUUAUAUCAAAGUUUUGCUUUAGUGAACUCUCAGCAGUGUAUAAAUGGCAAUAUGCUUUUUCUUAUUUGCACAGAUCUUUUUCCUAAAUCACCACUGAUGUUUACUAGUUUUGAUGGUAAGACGUGUUAAAACAUGUACAGAGAUUUUUGGAAGUAAACAUGUAUUGACACGUCUUUAAUGUUAAAUCGAUAAAUUGUUUUUUUGAUUUUUAAAUGCUAGUUUGUUUUUUUUUCACUGAAUGAUUUUAAUUUUCUACGUGGUCGCAUCUGUACCUGCCGUACAUGUGAGCGAGGUAGUCAGCGUGGCAGUGUCACCUUGCUUGUGAUUGUGUAGAAAUAAAAUAGUUUCAGUCUCAUCUCAGUAUGAGAUGAACAAGUCAUGAAGAGGAGCUAAUGAACUGUGCAACAGUAUGAACCUUCUAGAGUAUAAGCAGUGAUUUUAUUCCCACUGAUUUUAGAAAUACGGGUCAGUAACUUCCUUUUAAUUUCCUAGGAAAUUUCCUGUCUCAUUUUUAAUUAAUUUCUUAUUAAUUACAGGGAAUACAUGAUUUUCCUUGACAGAAUGGCUCCAUUUAGGCCCAAAUAAAUACUCUUUUUUUUCAUUAAUUUGCUACUGGAAACUUUAUUCUCCAUUUAUAUUAAACUGUAUUCUUGUCUGUAGACAUUUUGCAUAUUUUGCAUAUUCAGCUGACCUGCUCUGCACUGAAGAAAAGACUCUACUGGAGGUUACGUAGGCAAUUAAUUAGAAGUUUACCAAUUGAACACAGUCUUUAAUUCUCGCUAAUUAUUACCACAUUUCAUAAUCUCUUUUGGCAAAUUUCUUAAGAAAACUACAGUGAAAGUAAAAGGAAAUUAUGCACCUGUAAAAUGAAGUCUUACCUAAAAACUAAACAGUUUUUUGUCAAAGGUUUAUGUAUCAAGUUGUUAGAGAGUCAGUUUCACCUACAGAGUGAUACUGUGUGACACUUAGAAGUCUUAGAAAUAAGUUCUGCAAAUUUCACACUAGAAUUUUUCUAUACUGGACUGUAGUUUCUGUGAUUUUUUUUUUUUUUGUUCCUGGAAACUGUAAAAACUUCUCUUGGACAUUUACAGUAAAUAACAUGAUAUGAAUGAAUACAGCGCAGAGGAAACCGUUGGCCAACACAACAUGGGAUACAAUUCUUGUACAUUUUGUACAGAUGCUUUUGAAAUUCUUUUGAGAAUUGAAGUAUGAAGUUAGUGGUACUUGAAUCAUUAAAUAGCUUUUGUACAUUGCUGUUCUUUGUAUCCUUUGGUAAUUUUAGCCCAUUUUAUAAUGCAUUUCUGUAUACCAAUAUACAUGUACUGUAUAUUAUACCUGUAAUAUGUACGGACUUCAAUACAUAUGGACUGAG